GAAGCUCCCCUGCACCUGGCCACAGGUGCGCCCUUCAGCGUCCCCGGCUCGCCGGGCGCGCGGGAUGGAGCGGGUUUGGGAGGUUGCGCCCGGAGGCCAAGCCGGGGCGGAGGUCCCAAUGGAGCCCGUGGGAAGCCUGGUCCCCGGGCUGGAGCAGGCGCAAGUCCCCGAGAAGGCACGACAACCUGAAGGUCCCGAAAGCAGCCCGAGUCCGGCCAGGGCCAUGAAGAAGGCGGCGGGCGCAGGCCGGGAGCCCUCGAGCGAGAAGCAGCUGCCUUCGCCUCGCCCCGGGACCCCGCGCGUGCCGCCGCUCAGCCCGGGCUAUGGCGUCUGCCCCGAGCCGCCGUCGCCGGGACCCGCCUCGGUCAAGCUGCCCCGGAAUGGCGAGGCGCCCGGGGCUGAGCCUGCGCCCGGCGCCUGGGCGCCCAUGGAGCUGCAGGUAGAUGUGCUUGUGAAGCCCGUGGGCGCGGCCGGCGGCAGCCGCACGCCGUCGCCCAGGCCCUCCACGCGCUUCCUCACGGUGCCGGUGCCCGAGUCCCCCGCCUUCUCCCGCCAAGCGGACCCAUCGCAGCAGCUCCUGCUGCGCACAUCGUCCCUGGGCGGCACGUGGGGACGCGGCUCGACGCUGGCUGCAGCCGGAACGGAGAGCGGCCGCGACGCUGAGGGCCGGGCCAGCCCAGUAGAAGGAAGCUCCCCGGGCUCCCCCACGUGCUGCCGCUGCAAGGAGCUGAGGCUGGAGAAGGAGAAUGCGGCGCUGCUGCCCCGCGCGGGAUUGGAGGGCGAAGAGAAGCUGCCCCGGGCAGUAACGCUUACCGGUGAGUGCUCACCUGCGCCGGCAGCCGGCGCCGCCAGGUCGGGUGGACGUAGCCGAAACCCCCAACACCCGCCCAGCCCUGGACCGCUGGGUAGCUGA